ACCCAACGGCAACGCUUCCUAGCCUGCUGCCCAUGAUACCCCCACCACCAUUCACGACCACCAUCACGAUCACGAUCCCCAAUACCACACCAAUACCAACACCAGCACCAACAGCAUGUCUCAGCCGUCCCAUACCAACCGUCAAUUCCGUCUCCGAUUCGGGUCCCAUUUCCACACCAGGCCCGGGUUCUCAUGCUGCGGUGGCUUUCCCCUCUCACGUACGCCGCAGCGCCUCCCGACACCGCUUGUUGCCUUCCCUUCGGUAGCUUGGCCUUCAGCGCUGCUGGCCGCGGCCCCGCAAGCUGCCCGCAUUCAUUACCUUGCCUUCCUUACCCUUGUCUCCCACGCCUUCUUAGUUUCCUGCCCAGUUUGCCUCCACGGUCCACUGGAUCCUGCCUUGCGGGUCCCGGUAAACGGUGUCUGUGACCCAUCACGACCCCUCCCCUCCAUCUUCUUCUACCCCCCUCCCCUCCAUCUUCCGUCCCCUUACCACCCCCUCCACCUCUCACUCACCUCACUUCAUGGCUUUUGCGUCCACGCUCCGUCGUAGAAAUCGGCCAUGUUCUGGACCCCCGGCCUGCCCUGCUCCUCAAGCCGCACACUUGCUUCUUCCUGGCACAUGCCCCAUUUCUAUUCCCUCUUCUGGCUCUCUGCUUCCACUCGCUUUGCUCACCCAUUCACACCAGGCUAUCACUCAACCAUCCAUUGGCCUGCCCGCCGCCGCCCUAGGUAGGUCUAUGCGCAGGAAAUGGAACAUGCAGUGCCAACCGCCAUCGUUGCCUCAUCAUGCCUGACUGGCUGGCAGCUUGCUCUCUCCGCCCCCCUCCCCCCCUUCCCAGCCGCCCAGCUCGGUCUUUCCUCCCUCCUUAUCUCAAAUCCCCCCUCUCAGUCUCUCCCGAGUCUACUGUCUCUCCUGAUUACUCGGCUUUGCCUAAUCACUCAAUACGGGCGUAAAGAGGCAAGGGACUGCCGCUACGCCUGAGACUGCAUCUGCAUCUGCGUCUGCAUCUGCAUCUCCAUCUCCUGCGACUUACAACUCCUCAUGUCUCUCAGUCUGUCGUUGUCGCAUUUUCUCGCUCUCCCCUCAUGUCCCUUUUCUCUCUCACAACUUGCCCGAGCCCACAACACCAACACUAACACCCGCACGUCGUUCUAUUCGUUAACCCCCGUCGAGUCGCUGGUCCCCCGUUACCCCCCCUCGUUUUAGUCUUACACUAGGUGCACCGUACACCUGGGUGUCCGCUGUCCCCGGGGGCCCUACCCCAUUCCCUCGUGUCUCUUGCCAGUCUCCGUCAGACUCUCGCUAAGGAUACCUGACCCGACCCGACCCUACCUACCUUGGCUGCCCCCUCUCCCUCUCUCACUCUGCCUGAUCACACUGUUCCUCGUGUAUUCUGAAGUCUUAUCUCUUUUCUCUUUUCCCUCCCGCGUCCGCUCCAACUCGACGCCCUCCCUCUCCACCUGUCUCCAUCUCCCAGUCCCCCCCUUGCCCAAACCCUACAACUUUUACUGAGUUGUGACCUGAAUCUUUCUUGCCUUUACCACGUUUCUCGCUUCGCCGGCGCCAACACUGCUCUUCGUCUUUUGGCCUCUUGUCUCUCUGUAGGCGUGCCUGGGUCUGGUUUCCACCAACAUCACAACUUCUGCUUUCCUUUCAACGACCCACUUGGACCGCCUUGACAUUUGUCCUUGAAGCAGCUGCUUUUCCGACUCCCAUCUCGCUCUCGACUCGGUCAACCCAUCCGACCUGCUGCUCCUGUUGCUGUUGCUUCUUCAAACACCUCGCGACGCGUUUUUGAGACACCCAAAGAUUGCAAACUACGGCUGUAAUGCGUGCGAAUUACUCUGUUGUUCGUCAUGUCUUUUAACAUCAACUCGCUUCUCAACCCCGAGGGAUCCAUCAACCAGGAGACCGAGGUCCGCAAGAUACUUAGCAAAGCAUACGCCGACUGCGAGAAGACACUGCCGAAGCAAAACCCCAAGGAAGGCGCGCUAGCAUACUUUGGCAAUGUCCUCAUCCACAUCACUGAAGUCUUGUAUAAGAACUUUACGGACGAGCUCCUGGACGAAGAACGCUUGAACUCGACAGGCCACACCAUCGUCAAUCAGGCAUACCGCGCUAAUGGAUUCAACGACAUGGGAAUCCUCGAGUUCCACACCAGGAAACGCAAAAUGCUCAGGGGUAUGAAGGAGGCGGUCGAUGCUAACGCAGCCACCCUGAAGGAUAUCAGAGAGUGCGCUUCUCCUGUCCAAGAGAAACGCCCUCUAGAGCUCAAUCAGCACGCAUUCUUCUCAGAAUCGAGUUCCAGGUCAUCAUUUUCCUAUUCAGCAUCGUCAUCCGGGGCGGUGUUUUCCGCAGUCGGCUCACAGACAUCCCUUUCAGAUGGUUCGCACACAUACCGCCAGUCUGACCGGUAUCGUCGGUCAACCACCCCCGCUUCCCCCCAAGACGACGACGGCGGCGGCAAUGAAGAUGCCGGCGAUGAUGACGAAGACGACGAUGACGACACAACGAUGGGUGACGGUAGCGUGGACGGCAUAAGGACAGGUACCAAUGUAGACAUGGAUUCCUUGAGGCACAGAGGAAAGGGUCAUUACAUAUGUCCCCAUUGGCAAACGUGUCAAAAAGGAGGUCAAGAUCACAAGGGUGGACCCAAGAUCUUCUACCGCAACUGCAUGUACAGGCAACACUUACAGAAGCACUCUAAACCUCACAAGUGCAUGCUUCCCGGGUGUCCUAACAAGGAUGGGUUUGCAAGGAAAGAUCAGUUGGUUCGACACCAGGCAAAUGUGAAGCACGACCAGCCUUUACCUUUACCCGGGCCUCGAAGGCAACUCGGCGUCUAAGGUAAAGGAUGGAAUGGCGACUCGGACCUUUGUCGAGACGCGGGGCACAUAUCUUACUCUUGCGCCACUCCAUUGAUUGAUUUCAAGCAAGCUUUUAUUUUUCGUUCGCGUCGGUUCACACCGGACAGCCGUUCCGAGGCGUUGGGUUGGUAUAUUGUAUCAGUAUCCCCAUGUUGACAUAGGUCAGCAGCGGAGUUUUCAAGGUUGAGAUUUGCAUGUUAUACCCACCUCAAAUGAGGUGACAGGAUGAAUGGAUUGGAUGUAGAUGAGAAACAUGAGGCAUGGCCAUUGGCUCGGCUGAUAGGUCCAAAGACUUGCAGCCGAAGCAGGAAAAGAAAGGCUUACAAACAUGGCGUACGAAGUAUCGUACCCACAAAAGUCGGUCAUCAAAUAACGAACUCCGUUAAGCAACCAAGGAUCAUUGCAUCACAUCUUCCUCGGCACCGAAGCCUCAAUGAGCGUCAACACAUUCAGAGGCCGAGAGGAAACACUUCCAACUGGUGACCCAUGCACCUACAUGUACUGUCAGCUGGCGGUAGACGAGGGCCAAAUACCGCAAGCCAGCAGACCUGCAAGUGGGACACGAGCAAUCUCAUGCAGGCGCCAUGGAAGGAUGGCCAGCCAUACCAUGUCCUUCAGCGCAGCGGCUGGAAUGCCGAACGGGAACCUGGUAAAAACGGAAUCAAUACGCAGCAGCCUAGCUACCCUGUUGUAAAGUUUUUUGCUAAGAUGUAUAGCUAAUGUAGUUCUUCUCAAGGUCGCCUAGGUACAUGUGACUUCAAAAGAAGCAAUAGAAACAUGAUUUAUUCAACAUGCAUAACACCUAAAGCAGUACAUAGUCUCUAUUGUAACAAGAAGCAUGAUAUGCUUAAAGCUUCGGAUGAUUAGCCAAAGUCCC